AUGGCGGACAACCACAACCCAACUCUCGUUGAUGAGAAGUUCGACGAUCAGAACAUCAAAGUCGAUGCCGUCCGUGAUGACCACACCACAGGGCCGACAUGGGAUGCCGCCGCUGAGAAAAGACUUGUGAGGAAGAUGGAUAUUCGAAUCUUUCCGAUCAUGAUCAUACUGUUCAUUCUGAACUUUAUCGAUCGCAACAACUUCGCCAACGCCCGCCUCAAGGGUUUGGAAGCUGACCUGAAUCUCAGCGACGUGGAGUAUCAGACCUGUCUGUCCAUCCUCCUCGUCGGCUAUGUCGCCAUGCAAGUGCCCUCCAACAUGUUCUUGACGGUCAUCUCCCGGCCCAGCUGGUACCUAUGCGGAUGCGUUGCCACUUGGGGCGUGAUCAGUGCCGCCACCGGUGCCGUCAACAAUGCUACGCAGGCUAUCCUAUGUCGCUUCUUUUUGGGAUGCGUUGAGGCGUCCUUCUUUCCUGGGAGUCUGUACUUCCUCUCGCGAUGGUAUACUCGCAAGGAAAUGCAACUCCGUGUGACCAUCCUCAACGCCGGCAACCUCUCCGCACAAGCCUUCGGUGGUCUUAUCGCCGCGGGUAUCCUCAGCGGCAUGGAAGGCAGCGCCGGUAUUCGCGCCUGGCGGUGGCUCUUCAUCGUCGAGGGUGCUGUGACCAUCGCCUUUGCUGCCAUCGCCGUCUUCAUCCUACCGGACUAUCCCACAUCCACGAGCUGGCUGUCCGAGGAUGAGAAGCGCAUCGCCACAGGUCGGUUGGCUCUCGACGCAGGUGUUGGCUCUGAAGGGGGACUUGAGGCAGACGAGCACGUCAGUGCUUUCCAGGGACUCCUUCUCGCUGUCAAGGAUCCCAAGGUCUGGCUACUCGGCAUCACGUAUCACGCGACCAUCAUGGGCUUAAGCUUUCGUUUCUUCCACUACGCUGCGCCCGCGGCGGUAUGCAUUACGGGAUAUAUCAUUAGUGCGACGACAAGGACAACCGCCCCGCGGUAUUUGGGCAUGUUCAUGAUGACCACGGGUUUUGCAUGUGGCUUCGUUAUGCUGGCUUGGAUCAGCAACACCAUCACGCGGCCUUUGGCGAAGAAGGCUUCUGCUAUUGCGAUUGUCAAUUCCAUGGGUAACAUCGGCUCUAUCCCAGGGUCCUACAUCUGGCCCAAGACCUACGGGCCGUUUUACGUCAAGUCCUUUGGUGCAGAAAUCGCGAUCUUAGGGUUCGCUGUGUGUCUUGCUUUCGUCCUGCGGACGUAUUUGAAGAGGGAGAAUAGGAAGCUGGAUCGUGAGGAAGGCACUGAGAACGAUGGAGUCGCAGAAGGCGAGAAGGGCUUCAGGUACUUGUACUGA